AUGAAUCGUCAGGAAAUUGAUAAAAGAAUCGCGAAUUUGAGAGAAAUAUUGAAUUUACCGGAAAAGUCACGGAUUAUCAGUCGGUUAAGCGGUGGUCAACAGCGCCGGGUGUCGAUCGCUAUAACUAUGAUUCACAGACCGAGACUUAUUAUACUGGAUGAGCCCACUGUGGGGGUCGACUCACUGCUCAGACAUAAGAUAUGGCAGUAUUUGGAAAACUUGUGCCAAACAAAAGGCCAAACAGUGAUAAUAACGACUCAUUAUAUAGAGGAGGCCCGGAGUGCAGCUCAGGUGGCGUUCAUGAGGGCCGGCACUAUAUUGAAACAGUCGGCGCCCAACCAACUCAUGUCAGAAUACCAGUGCUCAACACUCGAGGAGAUAACACGCGUAUAA